CUGAUGUACUUUGAUCUGCAAGGACCGUGAUUUGCAGCAUUUGUUAAAAGUUCUGAUAAAGAUUUCGUUUAAAUUAAAUGUCUUAUGUACAAACUUCGUGAAUUUUCAAUACGUUCAAAAGUAACAAUACCGAUAAAAGUUUGAAAUUGAAGAACUUCUUAAAAUUAAAAGUAAAAACAAAGAAACAUCAAAAUGUUUUCACGAACGAUAAUGAAAAGUGUAACGUAUCAAAAGGUGAUGAGAACAUUUUCAUCAACAUCUGAUUAUGCUAUAGGAUAUAACUUUGAACUAAAUGAUAUGCAAAGAGAAAUGCAAGAAUUGGCUCGCAAAUUUACAAAAGAAGAAAUCAUUCCAGUAGCUGCUGAAUAUGAUAGAAGUGGAAAAUAUCCAUGGGAUAUUGUGAAGAAAGCAUGGAGUUUGGGUUUAUUAAAUAAACAUAUUCCUGAAUAUUGUGGAGGAAUGAACGUUGGUACUUUUGAAGGUUGUUUAGUUGGAGAGGAAUUUGCUUAUGGCUGUACAGGAAUAUCAACUGCAUUAGAAGGAUCAGGAUUAGGUCAAGCUCCUGUAAUUGCAUUUGGAACAAAAGAACAACACAAAAAAUAUCUUGGAAGACUUAUCGAAGAACCACUUGUUGCUGCAUAUUGUGUUACCGAACCUGGAGCUGGAUCAGAUGUUGCAGGUGUUAAAACAAAGGCUGAAAAGAAAGGAAAUGAAUGGAUCAUUAAUGGAACAAAAAUGUGGAUAACAAAUGGAGGUGUUGCUAAUUGGUAUUUUCUAUUAGCAAGGACAAAUCCUGAUCCAAAAGCUCCAGCUGGUAAGGCUUUCACAGCUUUUAUCGUAGAACGCGAGUAUGAAGGUGUAACACCUGGUCGAAAAGAACUAAACAUGGGUCAAAGAGCUUCCGAUACUCGAAUGAUAACAUUCGAAGACGUUCGUGUUCCACAAGAAAAUGUUUUGGGCAAAGAAGGCGAAGGAUUUAAGAUUGCUAUGAAAACUUUUGAUAAAACUAGGCCAAUGGUUGCAGCUUCAUCUGUCGGUCUAGCUCAAAGAGCUCUUGACGAAGCUAUAAAAUACGCAACACAACGUAAAGCUUUUAAUAAAGUAAUAGGAGAACAUCAAGCUGUAGCAUUCAUGCUCGCAGAUAUGUCGAUCGGUGUUGAGACUGCUAGACUUGCAUGGAUGAAGGCAGCUUGGGCUGCCGAUCGUAGUCUUCCAAUAGCUACAAAUCUUGCUAGCAUUGCAAAGUGUUAUGGUGGUGAUGUAGCCAACAAAUGUGCAACAGAUGCUGUUCAAAUUUUCGGUGGUGCUGGAUUCAACACCGAAUAUCCGGUAGAAAAAUUGAUGCGAGAUGCAAAAAUUUAUCAAAUUUACGAAGGUACUGCGCAAAUCCAGAGACUUAUAAUCUCGCGUUAUCUACUUUCUGAGGCUACUCAGAAAAAUAUAUAAUUUUUCUAACAAGAAUUUUGUACAAUUAUAAAAAAUAUUAAUUCUUUAAAAGUAUUAUAUUAUAUAUAUUUUUAUAAAAUUUAUAAUAACAUUUUGUAUGUUUGUUAUAACAUUUUGUAUAUUAAUUAAACGUUAAAAUCUUG